AUGGUUAGUUACCGUAGCUUGUGACUGCGAACUGAAGCAGACAGUCGCUCAUGUCAACAUUACAUUCGUUGUUUAGCGUUCGGAAAGUGAUUACUGGUUAGCUAUACAUCCAGUCUACACAGUGCAGUCCGAGUUUAAGGACAUCAUUUUGGGCCAGUUGGGCGCUUUGCUAAGUCACAAGUGGCUCAUAGUUGCUGGGUAACUUGGCGAAGUAAGCGGGGAUAACUGAACACAACAACAACAACAAGCAGCUUUCUGUGCUGGGCUUCAGCAAGUAAAGUAUGGAGCGGAAGGCCAAGGUGAUAGGCGGACACCACCUGAGCGCCGGCCUGCGGGACCUCGGAAGGCGAUGACGCGGGUUCGCUGUGAGGCCUGCAGCCGCCAUGAAGAAAAUAUUCACCUUUGGCAAGAAGAAGAAAGGAUUUUCUCCCAGUUCCUCGGAGACCGGGAGCGUGUUAUCCCUCGGAUAUGAGAUCAAGGAGAAAGACUUAGGAAAGGUCCACAGGGCUGCUUCUUCAGGGGAUCUGGCCAAGCUUAAACAGCUCGCCAAAAAGAAUGACUUAAAUCAGCUUGAUAAAGAAAACAGAACGCCCCUCCACAUUGCCUGUGCAAACGGACAUGCAGAAGUCGUUCAAUUCCUAGUAGAGAGCAAAGUCAAACUGAACCUAUGUGACAAUCAGAAUCGGUCUCCGUUAAUGAAGGCAGUGCAGUGCCAGCAGGAGAGGUGCGCUUUGACCUUGCUGGAGCACAAUGCCGAUCCCAACCUGGUGGACAUCAAUGGAAACACGGCACUGCACCUGGCUGCUUCCAUACCCUCUAUACCCCUGGCGACGCAGCUGCUGGAGCACGAGGCCAACAUCAAUGCGCUGAACAACGAUGGCUGUACUCCUUUGACCUUGGCUGUGACGGAGAACCAUGUUGAGAUAGCAGAGUUUCUCAUGAAGGAAGGAGCAGAUGUCAAUGCGAGAGACCAAGCGCAGAGAACACCGUUGAUGAUUGCUGCUUGUAAUGGGCAAACCAGUUUGAUUUCUCUGCUGUUACGGUACGAUGCAGAUAUAACGGUUAAGGACGAGAAAGGGUGGACAGCCGAUGACUAUGCUGUAAUAAAUGGGUACCAUGCUUGUUCACACCUGAUAAUACAGCAUGGCACCAAGAGAAAAUCCCAGCAUUCCCCUGUCUAUCGUGGAGCAGGCAAAAAUAGGGGGCUCUUGGGAAGCCCAGCACAAGGGGAUAAUGUGGGCUACUCCCUUGGUAGACCUGCCACCAACAGAGAAGUUGAUGAAGAUAAUUCACAAGCAGAGUCCAUCAGCAGGGAAUCAAAAUGUGGAGCUGGUGAUUCAUGGCCUUCAUCAGAUGAAGAUGAUGGGUUGCAAUCUAUCCCUAAGAAACCACAGAAGGUAAAUCUGAAGAAACUAUUGAGCGGUUCAGAGAAUGGCAGAAAAAAUGAGAGACCAGAUUUUGAUAAAAGCUGGAGUGAAAGCGAGUCUGAGCGAGAGAGUGAGGACGAAGCCAAGGGAAACCCAGCCCUCCCCUUGACGAUACCCCAUAGUGGCAUCUCCCAGCACCCAGCAUCCCCUUCACUUGCUUCCUUUUCCAAUCCACCUCAGAUGACAUCCACCCCUCUCAGUAAUUCCAGAAAGGAACAAGAUUCCACAGAAGAUGAAUAUGAUGAUGAUGAUGAGGAGGAGGAGGAAUGUAGUGACCGGAAGGGCAGCAAUGAAGAGGAUGACGUCGGAGAGACUGAGGAUGUGCGACACGGGAGCAGCGAAAAACAUAGUCCCAUUGCCGCUGGCAGCAAAAUGCAGAAAAGUAAAGGUGUCUCCAAGGAUGUAAAAAGAGACUUUCUGUCUGAGUUGGGUCUGGGGGGAAGUGCAGAUGAAGGAGAAGAUUCCCCAUGGGACUCGUCGUGUUCUGACAGCCCAAGCAAACAAAAUGCUGGUGUGGUGAAGGCACCUUCUAAGGGGAAAAAAGGCACCGGUACUUCAGAGGACAAUAAUGAAGAUCUGUUUUACGUUCCCUCUUUCUUAAGAGGACCGAGAAACGAUAGGAUGGCUAAAGUAGAGUCCUUGAGGAGUGUAGGCAGGCCAGGAGAUCUAAAGGGACAGGCCUCAAGAAAAGACGCAACUGAUGAGCUGGGAGGGAAGUCUGAGGAAUUGCCAACUCAGCCAGUUUCUGUCUUCCCCCCAGCAUCCAAAGACAGCAGCAAUUCCACCAAAAAAAUCGACUUAAUGGAAGAACUUGGUUUGGGGGAUAUUGAUGAUCUCGAAGAAUGUCAGAAAAAAGAUUCCUCCGACUGGGACACCUCCAGCUCUGCCAGUGGGAACGUUGUAGGUCCUAAGAAGGUCCUGUCCCAGGGUCUUGGACCCCCUGCUUUGGAGGAGGAGACCAACCCAGACUGUCCUGUACCAGCCUUACCUGCAGACAGGAGGGAGGAUCUGCUUGAUUCUAAGCCUGAGGGGGAGCAAAUAGGGAAUCCAAGGAGGAGCCGGACACCUUCCCAGAGCCCACCCCUGCCCAGCCGUCGAACCUUGACUCCCCGCUCCACAAAGCAGUCGCAGAAUCAACCGCAGCCACAGCCACGUUUUAGGAAACAUCAAGCUGUGGCUCAGGAUGAAGGUACUCCACCACCAGACACUGUACCAGAGGAUGGAGGAAGUGAUGGCAGUGCUGAACCCGAGGAGCCACAAGAGGGUAAAAAUGUGAUAGGUAAGGUUGAUCUAGGUGUGAGUAAACGUAAGCCAUGCCGCACUGGACCCGUGGAGUCGCAGAAUGAAGGGUUUCACCUGGACAAGAAUGAAGGGAUGGAGAGUGAUGAAGAUGAGGAGCAGCUGUCCUGGGAGAGGCGCUACGAGAAAAUCUGGGUAGAGGCUGAAAAGAGAGAGGUAAAAUCUCAGUACAGAAGCGUGACAGCGGAACUCAAGGAGAAGUUUGGUGAGCUUGGAUUGAAGGAAACUGGCAUUACUGCACAGGAUGCUGGCGGGAAGUUGGCGGCCCCUCCCACCCACACUGUGGAGGAAGAGUCCAGUAAGGAAGAGGAGUUUGUGAGACCUUCUGCAAGCAUUUCUUUGGUGCCUAUUAUUGAACAGAGAGAAUCAGGGCUGGAGGAUUCCCUUUCCGAACCCAAAGAAGCCCUGCCAUCAGCGGUGGACAUGAAGCCUCAGUUGAGCAGCAGCAUGCAUGGUGAGAAGAAAACACUAGAACUUUCUAGCAAAAACAUGGUGAAGGACCAGGACAUUGGGGGAGCAGGGCACAAGACCAGACAUGGUGAACAGGACUUGGAGUGCGGAAUGGAGAGCUACAAAGGAUUAAGUUUGGGACACCUCUCCUGCAGUAUCACUGUAGAUGAUGACAGAGCUUACCUUGGGCCAGGUGGAAGGGGAGAUGGGAAAGGUGCCAUAGGAGAUGUGAGGAGCCCCUUUUUCUCACAUGAAGGUGUCGAAUCUUCACGGAGCCCCUCUCAGCCGAUCGGCCUACCCUCAGCCUCCCUGCGCCCUUCAGAUGAAGAGUUUAAGGAGGACGUGCAGAGGUUCAAGCACGAGGUUGGUGGAGAAAAAGAAAAACUGCUUCCGGAUGCUGGGAGUCGACAUUUGUUAUGGAAUCCUAAAGAACCCAGCAGGAAAUCGGACACUGAGCCCGACAAAUUCGCAAAAGCUGAAGCUGGUGAAAGGGACCUCAGAACAGACUCCAGCAGUACAAAGGAAAAUACGACCACACAAAAUGAACAAAAAAUAAAAGUAAAGGAUGGUAUGAAGGGAAGAUAUGUUUCCCAAAAUCCAAAAAGGUUUUCAGCUACAGAAAACCCAAAGUCAAAGGUGACCGAGGAAAUAGAAAUGGCUGAUGAAUUCGAUGACCUCACCGAGUCCUCGGACACGGCCACAGAAGAAGUAGAUUCUCUUGCUUCAGGGUACCGUAAUGCCUCCCUGCUGAUCAAGCAGCUUGACACCUCCUCCAUAGACUCGGUGAGCAUGGUGAAGCUGCAGAAUAUGUUCCUCGAGUACGAGCGCACAGUCCAGCGGGAAAAGGGCCGUAGCUCCCGGCUGGCUGAGAAGGUUUCCCAGCUGGAGGGGGAGCAGGCAGAGCUGAGACGAUCCCUGGAGGAGACACGUGAUGCCAGGUCCUCCCUGGAGCACCAGCACAUGGAACUGGACUCCGACUUCAGCAACCUCAAGUUCGUGCUGAAGCAGGAGCAGGAGAAGCACAGGAACGCUACGGCGCUGUACGACAAGAGCCGCGAGCAGCUCAGAGCUAAGGAGGAGCAGUAUCUCCGCGAGGCGGAAGAGAGGCAGAAGCUGGAGCUCACGAUGAGGAACCUGGAGCUGGAGAUGAGGACUCUCAUGAACAGCAUGAAGCAGCUGGAGGAGGACCACAACGAAUCGCAGCGCUUGCUAGCUCACGAACGCCAUGCCCGGGCUUUGCAGGAGGGCAUUCUCAACAACCACCUGCACAAGCAGAAGGAGAUAGAGGCGGAGAACAAAAGGAACCUCAAUAAGAGCAACGAGGCCAUGUCUCAGCUGUCGGAAGCCAGCGACCGGGGGAAGGAUCUGCUUCAGCAGAACCGUAGCCUUCAGGAAGAGGCGACCACCCUGCGGCUGGAGCUGGAGCAGGCCCGCGCCCACAGCCGCCAGGAGGAGAGCCGCCUUUCCGAGGAGAGCGACGCCCUCAAGGAAAGGCUGGAGGAUGCCAAGAGGGACCUGAAGCUCAACGAGGAGGCGCUGGCGCAGACGGUGUACCAGUACAACGGGCAGCUGAGCACCCUGCGGGCCGAGUGCUCCGUCCUCACGGCCAAACUGGAGCACGAGAGACAGGCCCGGGAGAAGCUGGAAACGGAGGCGGAGUCUGCGCGGGCACGGCUGGCGGCCGCCCUGCAGGAGGUGGAGCGCGGCCAGGCUGCCAGGGUCGACGCGGAGCGGGCGCUGCAGCGGGAGCGGGACGAGGGGCAGCGGGCGCUGGAGAAGCGUGCGACCGAGGCGGCGGGCCAGCGAGAAUCCAUCCAGAGCCUCUCCCAGCAGCUGGGUGCCGCAGAGGCCCGCGCCAAUGGCCUCGAGAACGAACUCCACCGCUCCACGCUCGCGCUCACCGAGAGGAGCCUGCUGGUGGAGACGGCGCAGCGGGAGCGCUCGCAGGCCCAGGCCCGGGUCGCGGAGCUGGAGGCCGCGCUGCAGGCCGAGCGGGAGGUGGCAGAGCGGGCCGUGGCGCGCCAGGAGGCUACUCAGGAACGGCUGGCACAAACGCAGAGCGAGACCAUGCUUCUCCGUCAACAGCUAGAAGACGCCCAGAACCGGGGCGUGAUCAAGGAGCGGGCGGUGACGGACGCGCAGGAGCGCUUCGGCGAGCUGCUGAGCAAGUUGCGGGCGGACUGCGAGGAGAGAGUCAGGAUGGCGGAGGACUGGAGCAAGGAGCAGGUCGCCAAGAGCAGCGAACUGCAGGAGCAGCUGUCGCGGCAGGAGCAGGAGAAGACGGAGCGAGAGACAACUCUAAGGCAGCUGCAGCAGGAGCUGGCUGACACGUUGAAGAAACUGUCCAUGUGUGAGGCCUCGCUGGAGGUAAACUCCCGCCACCGAAGUGAUCUGGAGGAGGAAAAACUGCGCAUGCAGAAAGAUGUGGACCGGCUCAAGGGAAGGCUGCAGGAGAGCGAAGAGCAGCACUUCCAGACAGAGCGUCGCCUCCAGGAGCUUCAGAGUGUCCUGAAGGACAAAGAACGUGAGAUUAUCUCCACCAGUCAGAAGCUUCAGGAGGUUCUGUCAGCCUCUGAAGGGGCAGAGAAGACCAUCAGGCAGCUGGAGGAGGCCAUGCAGCGGCUGGAGAUUGAGAAUGCAAGGCUCGAUGCUGUAGCCAAGCAGCAGACCAACAGAAUUGACUUCCUGCAGAAAGGGGCUCAGGAGGCUGCAGUGGUUAGGAAUCGCUUGGAGGACUUGGUCACUGACUUGCAAGGCAGCAAAAUUCAUUUGGAGGAUCAGCUCCACCGAGAGGUAAAGAAGCAAAGCGAGCUUUCCCAUAAUGUCCAGGACUCCCAUCAGCUGUGGGAGGAGGAGCUGAAGACGCGUUCCCGCCUGGCCCUGCGCUUGGCCGAACUUGAGCGCGAGAAGGCGGAGCUGUCCAGCCAGAUGGACAUUGAGAAGAAAAAGGCUAAGAAGAUCGCAGAACAGAAGAGGUCCAUGGACAUCAGGCUGGACCAGGAGAUGAAAAGGAAUACUGAGCUGCAGAAAGAAAUGUACAGGUUAAAGACGCUGGUGAAAACGGCAAAGAAGAAGCUGAAGGAGCAGGACAGUGCAGAGCUGGGUUCUCCACUGGGAGGCUUGCGGGGCGAGUUGAACUACAGACAGCUAGAGGCGGAGACCACCGUCACCAGAAUGAAGUCCAGGGUAGAUGAGCUUUCUCUGCAGCUGGAGAGGGAGGAGAGGAAGUGCAGUAGGUUGGAAUCUUUGAACACAGAGCUGAAGGAGCAGCUCUCCAACGUGAAGGCCCUGAACAGGAGCAAUGAGCGUCUUGAAAGGAGCAAGAGGGAGCUAGAGGAGGAGGUGUCGAACCUGCGGCGGCAGAUGGAUGCUGGCAUGAUGGACCAGAGCCAGGCGGAACAGUACCGCAGAGAGACUGAGGAACGAGCCCGACAGGAGAUCAGACAGAAGCUGGAGGAGGUUAACCUCUUCCUGCAGACGCAGGCUGCAUCGCAGGAGGCCCUGGAGCAGAUGAAGGCAGCGAGCGAGGCCAGCCUGCGGGCCCAGCUGGAGCAGCGGAUCCAGGACCUGGAGAGCGAGCUGAACCGUUUGCGCUGCACCCAGCAAGACAGCGCUUCCCAAAAGGACUCGGCCCAGGUGCAACUGGAGCGCUACCGCGAGCUCUAUGCUGAGGAGCUCAAGCUGCGCAAGAGCCUGGCAGCCAAGCUGGAGAGGUCCAACGAGCGGCUGGCUGAAGCCAACACAAGGCUGCUGCAUGAGCGCCAGCGCAGCAAGUCCCUCAUCGCCAGCAGCAUCGUCAACGGCAGCCUGGGCGGCCCCUCGCUGGAGGUGGGGCCCCUGGGCUCUGUGGGAGCCUACGGAGGCAGCCUGGGGCCCCUCAACCGCAGCCUGGGCCUGGGCCUGGGUCUCGGAGGAACCUUACUGAGUCCCGUGGCAAGCGAGCCUAACUCCAAGGUGGAGGCGUACCUGGCAAAGAUGCAAAAUGAAUUGGAGAAGAACAUUUCGAAGGAGCUGGACAAAGCCACCGUGGAGCUGGAUGGACGGGCGGCUCGCAUGUCCCCGGUGGGCUCUGCUGGGGGCUCCCAGUGGGGCCUGUCUGCUGACCAGGACCCCGUGGCCAGGGCCACCCAGCAGUACCUGGAGGUGCUGAAGAAAAACUACAAGAUUUGACAGUUCAGAGGUUACCCCAUGUACCAUGUUUACAUCCGUGACAAAUUCCAGAAAUAUUCAAGCAUACAUACAGGGACGGGAGCUCUGUUAAGUUAAUGAACGCGCACGUUGCACUUGCACGCUCAGGAGGAGCAAGGUACUUUUAGUCUUGUCCUUGAGGCCAUACUGUCUUUCUCAGUGGUGACUAGGUUGUAGGUUCAGGCUUCUUUCUUCACUUUGCUCUUUGUUUUGAUGUAUUUCUCCUUUUUUCUAUAUUUCAAUUGUUCCUCUUCACUGGGAUUUCUUUCUCCAAGAGUAUUAUUCCUUACAUGUAUCAGGCAAACGUCUUCUGUUUGUAUGUGUUACCGUUAGUACAUUAUCAAAUGGUGCAAUAUGACUUG